AUGAUAAAUUUUCCUGAAGAAAGACUGCCUAAGCGCCUCAGGAGUAUGUUUACGCUCAAGAUGCUUGGCCCACCCAGAUACGACGGAAAGUUUGACUUCAGCAGGAAGAAGAUAGAUAUCCCCCUGAUAUUUCCACUUCGAAGAUCUGCCGUCAAAUCUAGAAGUCCCAAGCAUGUGAUUUUCAUGGAAAAAAUAGAUAAUUACAAUGUGAUAUAUUCAAGAGAUGGCUACCAAUUCGAUAUUGUUGGGAAGUACAGAUACAGGUUCGAAAUAAAAGACCUUUGCGUAAGACUGGUAACUGGACAUGGAAAAGCCUUUAUCCUCACAGGCAAUCACAUCUAUGUUUACAAACAAAAGAGAAUAACCAUGUUUAAUAUCCAAGCAAUUGAUUUAUGCACCUCUCCCUUUGGAGAGAUAUUCAUACUAACUACUAAAGAGAUCCUGAUAUUUGGCGAAACAGGGGUCAAAGAGGUAUUUCCAUACACAGGCAAUCCUAUGUUCAUAUGCUUUUAUCUGUUCAGAGAGCUACUAGUUGUAACAAGAAAUCAGGUGUUUCAUUUGGAUCUUAACAACCUUAGACUAAGCACCAUAUAUCUUACUAAUUUAAAAAUCCAAUCGGUCGUUUUUCAAGACAGACUUUACAUCCAGGAAGGAACCAAAAAACAUGUUCGGCUCACUUCUUUGAACAUAGAAGAUAAGGCUGCAGAGUCCAUAUACAUAGAGAACCUGAUGAAUAUCUCUAUCGGGGAAACGAUCGUAGUAUUGUACAAAACUGGGGGAGAGUUUAUAUUUUGCGAUAGGUUCGACCUCAUCAAUGCCAAGGGAGUUGUAUAUGAGGUUGAGAACCUCUUAGGGUUUUUCUUUAGCGAAAAUAAGAGUUGUUUUUUUUUCGAGGAAAGAUUUGUGCUGUGGGACAAUGGAAGUGUCAAGGUUAUAGACAUAGACCUAAAGAAAAAGGAGGACUAUCUUAUGAAAUUCCCAGAGAAUCUUGAGAUGCUUGAAGAGAUGUAUAGAAAGAGGGAUGUCUCCAAGGGUGUUUUUAGACCUGGUAAAGUGAUCUCCACUCUCAAUGAAAUUAUCGAAGAGUUUACACAGAAGGAAAAUCAGACUGUUAAGCCGGCACCAAAGAAGAAGAUCAAGUACAAAGAGAAGAACCUAGGGGGUUUUUAG